CACAACGCAAACGAGAUGGCGCCGCUCCCGCGCCGGCUCGUGCCGCUCCGCGACUCCGCGACGCUGCUCCUGCUCCCGUCCCUCGUCGCGGCCUCCUCCCAGUCCCAGUUCCGCCUCCGCGAGAUCCACGCGCACCUCCUCGUCUCCGGCCGCCUCGCCUCUCCCUCCCACCACGCCGACUUCGUCGCCUCCCUCGCCUCCUCCAGCCACCUCUCCUACGCGCGCCUCCUCCUGCCCCAGCGCCCGGCCACGCUACUCGCCCACAACGGCCUCCUCCGCGCCCUCGCCCGCGGGCCAUGCCCCGGCCUCGCCUUUGCGGCCUUCCGCGAGCUGCCCCUCGCGCCCGACCACUACUCGUUCACCUUCCUCGUCCGCGCCGCGACCUCCCUGGCCGCCGCCGCCUCUGCGACGCCCGUGCCCACCGAUGUUGCCGUGAACCUGCUCGCGGGCUCCGUGCACGCGGCGGCGUUCCAACACGGCCAUGCGACGGACCCGCACGUCCAGAGCGGCGCUGUAUCCAUGUACGCGGCGGUCGGGGACGUGGGCGCCGUGCGGGCCGCCUUCGCGGAGAUCGUGAGCCCGGACGUGGUGUGCGUCACUGCCAUGUUGGGCGCUCUUUCCGCUGGAGGCGACGUCGACACCGCGCGCGAGCUGUUUGAUGGAAUGCCGCAGCGGGACCAUGUCGCCUGGAACGCCAUGCUCACAGGGUAUGUGCGCGUGGGCAGGUCGAGGGAAGCCCUGGGGCUGUUCGACGAAAUGCAGAAGGCCGGGGUUGCUGUCAGUGAGGUGACGCUGGUGUCAGUGCUCACUGCCUGUGCACAGAUGGGUGCGCUAGAACGUGGCAUGUGGGUGCAUUCCUACGUGUGCAGCCGUGGGAUGCGGGUGUCGGUCACGCUGGGCACUGCUUUGGUGGAUAUGUAUUCCAAGUGUGGAGUUGUCACGAUGUCGAUGGAGGUGUUCGAGACCAUGCGCGAAAGGAACAUCUACACCUGGACCAGCGCGCUGAGUGGCCUCGCGAUGAAUGGCAUGGGGGAGGAGUGUCUUGAGCUGUUCAAGCGUAUGGAGAGCGCGGGCAUGGAGCCUAAUGGUGUCACAUUUGUCGCGGUGCUCCGUGGAUGCUCUGUGGCUGGGUUGGUAGAGGAGGGACGAGCAUGCUUUGAUUCGAUGAAGGAUAAGCAUAAAGUUGAGCCUUGGCUUGAGCACUACGGCUGCAUGGUUGAUUUGUAUGGUCGAGCAGGGCGUCUGGAUGAUGCUGUCGAUUUCAUCAAUUCGAUGCCAGUGGAGCCACAUGAAGGUGUCUGGGGAGCGCUACUCAACGCUUCUCGGAUUCACAACAACGUCGAUCUGGGCAAACACGCAAUGCACAAGCUCACGGAGAUUGAAUCCAAAAAUGAUGCGGCUCACGUGUUGCUGUCUAAUAUCUACGCGGAGUCGCAUAACUGGAAGGGCGUCAGCAAAGUUCGGAACAUGAUGAAGUCCAAGGGAGUCAAAAAGAUGCCUGGGUGUAGUGCCAUUGAGGUUGACGGCAAGGUGCAUGAGUUCUUCGUCGGGAGCAAGUCACACCCCAGAUACAAGGAUAUCCAGACCAUGCUUGCAGAGAUGAGCCAUAGGCUGAGGCUGCAAGGGUACGCCGCAAACACAAAAGAGGUGCUGUUCGAUAUCGAGGAAGAGGAGAAAGAAGGUGCGAUCUCCUUGCACAGUGAGAAGCUUGCCCUCGCCUUCGGUCUUAUCACGUUGCCAGAAGACACGGUGAUCAGGAUCGUCAAGAACUUGAGAGUGUGCAAGGACUGCCAUGAUUAUACCAAGCUGAUAUCUAAGGUCUUCGACAGGGAGAUUGUUAUGCGAGAUAGGAACAGGUUUCACCAUUUCAAGCAUGGAGCGUGCUCCUGUAGGGAUUACUGGUGAUUUCUUCUGUAACUGCAAAUGAUGAUCCAUUCACAUUCAAAGGCAGCAAGGUUGUUGCAUUCGAAUACAGUAAUGCCCGUCUGCACGCAUAAGAGCAACUCUGGCAGAUAGUGUAAAAAGUCCCCGUACUAUAAAGUUUCGACGAGUAUAUGAGUUUGGGCCGUUUUUUCGGCCAGAUAA